AUGACUGAACGAAGUGAAGAUUUAUACCCAUUAGCUUUACUAAUGGAUGAAUUGAAGCAUGAUGAUAUUGCGAAUCGAGUGGAGGCAAUGAAGAAACUAGAUACAAUUGCAUUGGCGUUGGGUCAGCAGAGAACUCGAGAUGAGCUUAUUCCUUUUUUGACCGAGGUGGCUCAGGACGACGAGGACGAAGUUUUUGCCUUUCUUGCUCAGCAGUUGGGAAAAUUUGUACCUUUUAUUGGCGGUAGUAACUAUGCUACAUUGUUGCUCCCUGCGCUUGAGAUUUUGGCAUCUACUGAGGAGACACUGGUCCGUGACAAGGCAGUUGAUUCGUUAAACAACAUUGCCCAGGAGUUGUCCCAGGAGCAGUUGUUUCACGAUUUUAUUCCGUUAAUUGAGAACUUGGCUACGAACGAAUGGUUUUCUUCUAAAGUAUCUGCGUGCGGGUUAUUUAAGGCCGUAAUUGUCCGUGUUAAGGAUGAUAAGUUUAGAAAGGAAUUACUUGCACUGCUUCUGCAGUUAGCGCAGGAUGACACCCCAAUGGUCAGGAGAGCAGCCGGAAGGAAUCUACCAACUUUGAUCGACCUUUUGACGCAAAAUAUAGACUUAUCUACAAAUGAGGAUUGGGAUUACAUAUCUAAUAUGUUCCAGAGGUUGAUGGCGGACAAUCAGGAUUCAGUAAAGUUCCUCGCUGUAGAGGUAUUAAUUUCUAUUCUUAAGUUUUUUAAUAAAAAGAACGAUGCUACGCAUACAAAGGGUCUGUUGCAUUCGGCUAUACAGCUAAUCGGAGACGAAGCUUGGAGAGUUCGGUACAUGGCCGCGGACAAGUUUGAAGAAUUGGCUUCCCAGUUUACAGCUGAUCCUUCUUAUAUUGAGGCGUUGGUACAGCCAUUCUUGAACCUAUGUGAAGAUAAUGAAAGUGACGUCAGAAAGGCUGUUGCUAAACAAAUACCAGGAUUUGCAAAAUUGUUGGAAGAUCCUCAGGUUGUAUUGAAGAAAAUCCUCCCGGUUGUGCAGACGUUAUGCAUUGACGAAAGUGAAACAGUUCGGACUUCCUUGGCAUCAGAAGUUACUGGCUUGGCUCCAUUAUUGAGCAAACAGGAAGUUAUUGAUAAUCUACUCCCAAUCUUGUUGAAUAUGCUGAAGGAUGAUUUCCCGGAGGUCCGCUUAAACGUGAUCGCCAAACUAAAGAUUAUUAAUGAAGUCACUGGAAUUGAUUUCUUGUCGGAAAAUUUGUUACCGGCAAUUACUGAAUUGGCUAAGGAUGACAAUUGGAGGGUUAGACUAGCCAUCAUAGAGUAUAUCCCAUUACUAGCAGAGCAACUAGGUGUUGAAUUUUUUGAUCGACAGCUAACUGACUUAUGCCUUUCUUGGCUAUGGGAUACUGUAUACUCGAUCAGACAUGCUGCAGUCAUCAAUUUGAAAAAACUAACAGAAAUAUUUGGGUCUGACUGGUCUGAAGAGCAAAUCAUCUCAUGCUUAUUGAAAUCUGAUACACAUAUCUUAGAAAAUUUUGUGUACCGGAUUACACUACUUUCCGCAUUAACAGAACUGGUGCCAGUUGUUUCACCGCAAGUUAUAACCGAUAAAAUUUUACCCUUUAUCAAUCAUCUAGCCAAUGACAAUGUUCCAAAUAUAAGAUUCAACGCCGCUAAAUCGUACGCCGUUAUCGCUGAGGCAUUGGAUGAAAAAUAUGCUAGUCUUAUUAAAGACACUGUAAUUGUAGCUCUGGAAAAAUUAUGUCAAGAUAACGAUGUUGAUGUCAGGUAUUUUGCAAGCCAGAGUUUGGAAAAAUGUAAAUCCAUUCCAGGUUAG